AUGUGGCCGCCGCUACCACCACGCUAUGUCAUCUCCGAGAGGGGUUUGCAGCAGUGGAAAGAUGGCAUUCGCCAGUGGGAAGAAGAAGUCAAUCAGCAGAGUUCGUCGCACCUCAGGGCACUGUACGAGAACACAGCGCGUGUUGUGCUCGGCGAGCUCUUGUCCAGCCAGCUACUGGAGCCGGAGGUGCUUCAUUUUGCCAGUCGGUUCUUGCCCCUUUUCUCUCGCAUAUUCGACGAGUAUGCAGAUGAACAUAUGGCCGACUACCAGCCGACCGACCCCUCUGCCUUAGCCUCCUCUUCCUCAGAAUGUGGCUCCGACGCACCGGCCACGGAGGCAGCAGGCGCUCCCGCUCCGCCCGCUCCCGCUCCUGCAGCGGAGGGCGGUGCCGAGAAGCGCGGCUCCGUGCUGGCAGGGGCCGGCGGGGCAGGCGGGCAACGGCGGCCCAAUCUGAUCCUGCCCACGCGAAACGUUGCCAACGCUGCCAGCCGCGGCGGCGGGGAGGAGAAGCUGCCUCCGGCGAAGUUCUUGAAGCCACGGGAGGGGCCUCCAGACAUGAUGUCCUUUCACGCCUUCUUUUCUUUCUGCGUGGAGUUCGAGCUCUUUCCGAACCAUGCGUCGUACGACGAGCUUCGACAGAUCUACGACUCCGCUGAAACCGCCGAGGAACUCGUGGUUGCCGAGCUGCAGAUCCCACGGAGAAGAGUGACGAAGGAGGCCUCUGCCGCAGCUGCUGCGUUGCUUCCACAGGUCGAGCUGGGAUUCUUGGACAAGCCGCUGCACGAGAUGACAGACCUCGAGCAGCAGGUCGCCUUCUUCUUUGCCGCCUUGGAAACCUGGUUGGCCAGCCGUUUCAUGCGCCUGGCGGACCUCGUUGUUCAGCGGAUGCCUUUCUGUCUUGAGGAGCUCGAGGACGUGCGGCCGCCGCCGUCACCGUCGAGAGUGAUUCGCAGACUCCGGAGUUUCAAGGAGUCGCGCACAGAGAAAGACGAGGCGACACCAUCGCCUUCGACACCGCAGGGCGAGGCGAGCCGCGGCGAGGCGCCAAAGAAGCGCAAGGACCCCUUCUUGAAGGAGGGCCGCAAAAACUCUGCUGGCAACGCGGGGCAGCGGGUGACGCAGCUGCCGCCUUCGCUGACUUUGAGUGCCAGCGAGCUUCUGGAGAUUGCAUCCCCACCUGGGCAGCGUCUCAUCAGCACAGCGCAGCUCGAGCAGUGCUUCGCCAUGCUGCUGCCCACGGCCCCGAAAGGGCGCCGGGUGGAAAUCACGGUGUAUCAGUUGGACAAGGUCCUGACCAAGGCAAAAGCAGCCCGGGAUCGAGCCAUCGUCGCCGACUGCUUCAUGCUAAAGCCUGAACAGAUGCUCUCGUCGUCUGAGCGGGCAACACGCUUGUUCCUCGAGGCGUUGGACGAGAAAAUCCUGGAGCGGGAGUCUAGGGGCGGCUCCAGUCGCCUCGAGUCCUUCUUUGGGCCUGCGCAUUCUGAUCAAGAGGUUUCCGCUGGCACCUUCAUACAGAAAGCCGUCUCCAUGGCCUUGAGCCCCGACUGCAUCCCCACAGAGAAGGACUUGGCCACGGGCCUUGCUCAGCUUGGCGCAAGGAGCAAUGGGACCAUGUCCAGGCAGGUGGCGUUUCGUGCUUUGGCUUUGGCCCGAGAGCACCGCCGGAGGCAGAAGCUGCAGCUUACACAGGCUCGCUCAACUCUUCUGGCGCAGCAGGUGAAGAGGAGCACCUGGGUUCCUGAAGGAAGCCGGCCAACAAGUGCCGCACCCGGCCUCGCAUCUUUCGGCCAGCCGCAGAUCCGCAAAGCCUUUCGCUGCGCGGCUUUCGUGGAGUGCCUUGUCAAGCUGGCACUCCACCGACUCGGCGCGAAAGGCUCCUUGGAACUCCAGCGUGGGGCGCCGACCUGGUGGAAAUGCACGUGGCUGCUGAAUCAUCUGGGCAUGCGUUUCGUGGAACGUGUCCAGACCAACCGGCAUCAGCGCACUUUGCGAAAUCUGGUCGGAGAGGAGCAUCCGCCCGUGAAGUUGCAGGAGCUGGACUUCUGGUGGUAUCAGAUGCACCUCACAAACCGGCCGAGAUACGUCUUCCCUCUGGAUCGCCUCGUCAUCUCCACCCCGGAUCUCUUCGAGCCGAUAAAAGCGGAGGCGAAGAUCAUGGUCAGUGAAGAUCGUCGGGGUACUUGCCCAGAGUGUCAGGAGCAGCGGAGUCCGAGCGGAUGGGGCACACCAGGCUGCCUUGGGUGCUCUGAGAUCGAGUCCUUCUGCCUGCCCUUCGAGGGGCACAUCUUUGCCCCACUGGUGAGGAACCCUGACGUUGCCGACACGAAGUCGAC